AUAUCGGUCUGUUGCGCUGAAACAUGUUUGAACGUACCUAGUCAAGAUCAAGUGAAGUGUCCGGGUACAUUAUUGUGACAGUAUUGACUUCAUUCUCUAUUCUACGGGGUAAUAGUUUUGUUGGAGGUUAUGCUUCUCUUUUGUCCAACGUGUGGGAAUGUUUUGAUUGUCGAGGAAGGACAGAAGUGCCUGCGAUUCGCCUGCAACACAUGUCCCUACGUGCACAACAUUACCAGAAAGGUAAACAACAGAAAGUAUCCCAAACUAAAAGAGGUGGAUGAUGUUCUAGGUGGGGCUGCGGCUUGGGAAAAUGUGGAUUCUACACAAGAAAAAUGCCCUAAGUGUGAGCAUCCUCGGGCAUACUUCAUGCAAAUUCAGACAAGGUCAGCAGAUGAACCCAUGACAACAUUUUACAAAUGCUGCAAUGCCCAGUGUGGACAUCGAUGGAGAGACUAAUGUUUUUGUUUUUUUUAUGUUCAAACUAUUGGGCACAAUUGUGUUAAUGGAGUAGAAGAAAUAUGUAGUAAACUGUUUUGCCUUUAUUUUUGGUAUUAGUCUUAGUUUAUGAAAAAUAUUUAAGUGAUUUGCACAUGGUUUGUUAACCUCUUCACAGUGAUUAUGCAUAAAUAAAAUUAGAUUUCUCUUUGAAAUGUUAUUUUGGAUUUUAUUACCUCAACAGCCUUGACAUUUCAUUUUCAGAACAAAGGAAAACAAGAUUUUAAUGAAAAAUCAUAAUCAUAUUCUCAUUUUUAUUGAUAAAAUAGUACCUGUGUGCAACAGUCAAACAUCUUGAUUUACAUACAUAUAUACAUAUCACAGACAUUGAGAGUAAUGCAGACCAGCGCUAUCCACAACAAUGGUACAUCUUACUUUGUAUGAAAAUUUCACUGCAAUGCAGCAAUUAAAAAUUUACUGACUUUUCUUGCACAAUUACCCUCAUCACAUUUCUGUAAAAGAUGCAAAAGCACACCUAGUUAGAGAACCAGGCAGCAAAAAGUGUUUCUUAAAAUUUUGGGUUCAUGCAGGCAAACUGCAUUUGUUCAGAAAUGGUGAAUGACUGAUGAGCAUGCCAUGGGUUGACCACACAGACAUGCUGUUUUUUUUUUAAUCUUCUAGAUGUAAUUAUAAUUUACUUUUGCAAAGUUUUACACACAAUCCUAGAUUGAAGCCUACCCCUAGUAAAUGGUUCUUAUUACUUGAAUUUUGAAGUUGCAAUAAAGAGAGCUAUACCUGUACUUGCUUUUG